GACGGGACUGGUUACAAACGUGGAGAAAUCCCGGAAAAUUCCGUGUGGCCGGCUCGUUGGCCGGGUGCAAACCCGUGCCAACGUUCGAAGCGAAAGGUCCCAACUCUUACGCCAGUCCCAGAUUUUCCUUCUGCAAACAGUACAAAGUUUGCAACUUAAUGGAAAAUAAUCCGUUAUUUUCACAAAGGCACCAAGAAGAUUCGUUGCAAAAUUAUAGACAAAUUACUCUUCGAAGAUGUCAACACAUUUUGAAAAAUGGUCUUUUUGAUGAGUACAAAAAUAAUCCAUUUAUAAAUAUGUAUCUAGAUAUGUUGCUUAUAAUGUAUGACAGUUCUUUAUGUAUAAAAUUAGGAGUGGGAUAUUCGUUAUUUUCAACUAUUAUUAUGUCGAUGGGAACGGAAAGGCAUCAAUAUCUUAUUGAUCAGAUAGAAAACCAUGAGAUUUCGGGAUGCUUUGCAUUAACUGAAAUAAGCCACGGAUCUGAUAGUAAAAGGAUGGAAACUACAGCUACGUACGAUCCUAAAGCCCAGGAAUUCAUUCUGCAUUCUCCAAGAAUUGAAAGUACUAAAAUUUGGAUAGGAAAUUUAGGUCAGACAGCUACACAUGCUUUAGUCUAUGCUCAGCUUUACACACCAGAUAAUGUAUGCCAUGGUCUUCAUGUGUUCGUGGUUCCCGUCAGAGAUCCAAAAACUCAUCUACCGUAUCCAGGUGUAAGUGUUGGUGAUUUGGGCCUUAAAGUUGGACUAAAUGGACUUGAUAAUGGGUUUGUUUCAUUUAAUCAGUACAGAAUACCACGUGAAAAUCUAUUAAAUAGACACGCAGAUGUUAGCCCUGAGGGAAAAUAUACAUCUGCAAUUAAGGACACGAAAACAAGUAUGCGUACCCUUUUUGGUUCUCUUUCCUAUGGUAGAGUCUUUAUUUCCAACAUAUGUGCAAGAAAUAUGCAGAAAUGUAUGGCCAUUUCAAUUAGAUACUCAGCUGUCAGAAAACAAUUUGGUCCUUCUCAUGAACUGCCUGUUUUAGAAUAUCAAACUCAGCAGUGGCGAUUAAUCCCUUAUCUGGCUUCAACGUAUGUUCUUACACAUUUCACAAAGUUAUUUUGGCACGACUUUUACGAAUUCAAUAUUUCGUUUGCAUUUGGCGAGAGAACUACAGAAAUGAUUAAUCGAGCGAUGGAAUUCCACGCAUUAUCGUGCGGUAUCAAAUCCGUCUCGGGCUGGUUGGCCAGAGAUGCUAUUCAAGAAAGCAGAGAAGCUUGCGGAGGUCACGGAUAUCUGAAAGGUAAUUUGAUCAUUAGGACCGUCGAAUAACAGUUUUAUUCAAUAGUUUAUUCUAGAAAAUCUGCUUAGAAGAUCGAUAAUAACAAUAUAACGGA